CGGACGAACAAAUCCAACGCUCCCUCAGGUCAGGGGGCACUUGGUUUAAGCCCCGUCCUCGCAGCGUUCGGUCAUAGAGUACAGUUAAUGAUUGAACAGAGGAGGGAAGACAGCUUUCUCUGCCUGAGUCAGAUCACUGCAUUGGGAGUUUUCUUCAGUCCUCCAUUCAUCCUUCUCUCCUCCUUCUGAAGCCUCAGUCAGAGUAAGACGAGGAGCAGGAGGAGCAGGAGGAGCAGGAGGAGAGUACCAUCAUCUCUUCUCUGGAGCAGCAGCAGCUUGGAGUCCGGUCUUCCUCUCUGGUCUCUCCAGCAGCUGCUCAGCCUGUGAUUGGUUGGACCUCCUCAGGACCAAGACGAGAUCUGGGUCCUGGACUGGAUUUGGACCGGGAGACAGCAAUGGGUGCUGGAAAGCUUCGGGGGGCCGGGGGGCCCCCUCCGGACGGCGGCUGGGGUUGGGUGAUCGUAGGCUGCUGCUUCAUGGUGACGGUCUGCACCCGGGCCAUAACCAGGUGUAUCUCCAUCUUCUUCGUGGAGUUUCAGACUCACUUUGGGGCUGACUACGCCGCCACGGCGUGGAUCCACAGUCUGGUGGACUGCACCACCAUGCUCUGUGCUCCUGUGGGCAGCCUGGUGAUGAAUCGCUGGUCGUGCCGGGUUUCGGUGAUGUUGGGCGGGUUGCUGUCGUCCUGCGGCCUGCUGUUCAGCUCUUUCAGCAGCAGCCUGGAGCUGCUCUACUUUACCAUGGGAAUAAUCACAGGUCUGGGCUUCGCUCUCUGCUACACGCCAGCCAUCGCCCUGGUGGGCUCUUACUUCCAGCGCAGGAAGGCUCUGGCAUACGGCCUGGCGAUGUCGGGGAGCGGGAUCGGGACCUUUGUGCUGGCGCCGGUGGUCCAGUUGCUCAUCGAGAUGUACUCCUGGAGGGGAGCACUGCUUGUUCUCAGUGCCUUCGUCGCCAACCUGUGCGUCUGCGGCGCUCUCCUCCGGCCAAUCACCGUGCAGGAGGAGGAGGAAGAGGAGGAGGAGGAAGAGGGUCUGAAGCCAAGCAGUGAGAAGCAGCUUUGUGACGUUUUGCUGCUGGAUAGCGAGCUGGCCCUGAAACUUUCUGCGCAAUCUAAAGACGGGGUUCUACCAUCUGAAAAGUCUCCUCUGCCACCUUUAAGCCCUGCCCCUCAGAAAAUAAACCCUGUCCUCAACUUGAUGCAGAAGCGGCGCUUCAGUAGCUGCCUGUGGUCCAGCUCAGAGUACCGCUUCCUGCUGCAGCCGGACUUCCUGGGAAUGGCAUCAUCCUUCAUCUUCCUGGCCAGCGGCUGCAGCCUCCCCUUCGUCUACCUGGUGCCCUACGCUCUGAGCACCGGCAUCAGCCACCAGCACGCCGCCUUCCUCAUGUCCAUCCUGGGUGUCAUCGACAUCGUGGGAAACAUUACAUUUGGCUGGCUGACUGACCGCCGGUGUCUGAAGCCACUGCGUCUCUUCUGUUACGUCUUUGCCGUGACAAUGGAGGGUCUCUGCUGUCUCUUUGCGCCGUUGCUUCACUCCUUCGCACUGCUCGUGCCUUUCGCCGUCCUCUAUGGUUACUUUGACGGCGCGUACGUGGCGCUGAUCCCUGUGGUGACGUCAGAUGUGGUGGGAGCGCCGUACCUGUCCUCGGCACUGGGCGUGGUCUAUUUCCUGCAUGCUGUCCCCUUCCUGGUCAGCCCGCCUAUUGGAGGCUGGCUGGUUGACUUCACCGGCAGCUACACGGCCACCUUCUUCCUCAGUGGCGGUGCCAUGUUGGUCAGCGCAUUUGUCCUCGCCAUCGUCACCACAGUCCGCCGCUGCCACCGCCUCCGGCCCCUCCCCCUCAGCCUGUCCAAGCAAUCAGACUGUGACAAACAGCAAGUCAUGGCUUCACAGCCUUGAAUGGGGCAACUGCUCAUUCUCAUGGACGCCAAAGACAAGCUGGAAGCCUGUGAUUGGCCGGAACACCUGUCAAUCACCCAGUAACUGGUCAGACUUAAUAUGGUGCUGAUUCCAGCUUCCUGAACAACAGGAAGUGAAUCUUUGUUUUGUGUGUUGAUCAGUUGAAACUGUGAAAUUACAUGGUGCGUUCAAGUGCCGCUCAGACAAUCCUGCUUCCUGACUGGAGCCGACUUUCACAGCCGGAUGGGCCCUGUUGGGACAGGGGUGUUAUAAACUGUAAGACUGCAUCAUGUGUACAAGAAACUGCAAGAAGAACAAAAUGGUCAACGGGUCAGUGAAAUGACUAAGAGUAGAAUGACCAAGAAGAUUAGUUUCAGUAUGGGCUGACUGUUCUUUCUUAAUAAAACAAAUGUUAUCGACAUAUUUAAUAAUUACUCUGUGUUUAGGUCUGUCCUGCUAGGAGUGCCGUCUCACACACAGGGAGUGGAUAAUGUCGAAUUGCUUGUCACCAGGCGAACGUACAGUGAAAGCAAUGUUACUUUGUUACAUAAACUUUAAUGUUUCUGUAAGACCG